AUGCAAAAGACGGUCAACAUUCUGGGCAAGAAGCCGCAGAAGGCGUUUGUGCUACUGGCGUGCACCAUCCUCUCGACCUUUUUCAUUGGACUUAUGUUCAUCUUCAUCAUGGCAUUGGUACAGCCUAACCUAACAACACAUGCGAAGAAGCUCGAUGAAGAACCAGUAAACACCAUUGAGGAAGUACGAGAGUCUUACCCAGAAAAUGUCCUCCUGCAGGCUGUGACAGCCAACAUCGUCAAGCUGGGCAAAGAUUUUAAGGAUCUGAAAGCACUCGUUGAUGUGCUGGUGGCAGACGCCCCAGAAGAAAUAAAACAACAGCGUUACCCAGAAAAACUCCUCCAGCAGCUGAUGAAGGACAAUGAGAAUCUGACAGACCGUGUGAAUAAGCUGGAGAAGCUGGAGAAGGACAAUCUGGCUCGUUGGCGCAAAGCAGGUGUUUGCCCUCUGGAACGGCGUAAACAUGGGGAUAGGUGUUUCCUGUAUGUUGAAACAGCAAAGACUUGGCGUGAUGCUGAGGACCACUGUCUUUCCUUGGGCAGCCACUUGGCCACCGUUCCCGACCACACCGUGUUCGACUUCUUCAAGGGCUUCGCUCAUAGCCACACUUGGGUUGGGGCCUAUGAUCCUGACAAGAAAGAUGCUUGGCAAUGGAUUGAUUUUCGAAUUCUGAAAACAUUCCAUGGGCAAGCAGCCAGCCCAAUGACAAUACGUUCAUUUAUCCUGACGAAUACUGUGUGUCGAUACCUUUUCCCAAUCAUGCUGAUCCUAAUGGACUCCAUGAUUUGAGAUGUGGUUGGAAACAACCAUUUCUUUGUCAGAUUUGAUGGUGAUUGUCUCUGAUGUGUGAUCUGACUGCUCCUAUGUCCUGGACUUGAGCGCUGACAGAUGUUGCCACUCUGCUUUCAAUUCAGAUGCUUUAAUUAAUCAUAAUCAGCAUUCAUAUGAUCCCAAACAAAAUGAACAUGACACCAAUGUACCAUCCAAUCGGUUUCUUUACUGCCACAAUUUUCCAAAAUCAUUGAAAAAUUAAGCAACUGGUUAGAAAAGCAAAUUACUUUCAGAGAGCCAAAAUACCUGGAUGCCAUUAAUUGAAAAACUGAGGAAAUUACCUAAAUCAUACUUUGGAAAGUGCUUUACAUUUCAAAUGGCACCCUCUGAAGAGCACUGGGAAAAUAAAAACAAUACAACAUAAAAAGAGAAACACUGAUUAAAAUAUAUU